AUGACGAAGGGACUAUGGGAUGCUGCUGCUGGAGCGGAAACGUUGGUAACGAAGAAGCAGCAAUCAUGGUCGACGCUAGAUGGGUUCCACCAAACAAGGUACAUGGCUGAUCGAUUGCAGUUAGAGGAAAAGUUUUCCUCGUUCAAGUACACCGCUGCAAACAUCAGUAAACAUGUGAUGGAGCUCGAGCAGUUAGUGAUGGAAAUGAAGAGCGCUAAUUGUAGUCCAAGCGAAGAAGAUAUUUGCGCAACACUAUUGAGAAGUCUACCAGGAUCGUUUGAGAGUCUAGUGGUACAAGCGUUCCGCAUGGCAGUAAUGCAUUCCAGCUUUGCAAAUUUGGUGAGCAAACUUAUUGCAGGAGAUGUGCGUCAGAAGGAGUCGUCGCGUAUUGGGAAAAUGACGCGAAGCUUGUCAACAAGAAGAAAAUGCGGCAAGAAGGGCCAUUAUGCAAGUGAUUGUCGAUCAAGUGGCAAGGGAUCUGGAGGAAGUACGGAUCAGUCGAACGUCGCGCUUAACGUGACAGAGAGUAUGACCAAUAUGAAUCAAAUCAUGGAUAGCCGAGCAUCUGCACACAUCUGUAAGGAGCGCAACGCGUAUAUAAACUACAUGGAAGAAUCAACAGAGCGCAAUGUGACAAGCGCGAAGAGUGGUGCGAAAUUAGAGGUACUCGGUUAUGGAAGUAGUGGGUGA